UUCCUACCUGACUUCCGCUUUUAAAACUAAAAUGGUGGCGCCAAAGCUUGACAACAAAGCGGCAAUUUACGUCCCGAGCGAAGGACAAGAAACUUUUCAGACAUUUCUCCUGUUCGGCGACGGUUUAACGUCAUCAACGUGCGGACUUUAAGGUUGAAGACUUUCUUCUCGUCCAAAUGUCGACAUGUCUCCGAAAAGUGAGCAACUUCUCAUCGUUUUGUCCAUCCUGGAAGGAAGCUGAUUGAUUUUCAGCAUGUUACGUGACUACGGUGGCCGACGGGGGGCGCAGCAACGACCAAACACAAACAACAGUUGAUCCAAAACUAAAAGCAACCGCAAAGGGAGCUGCUUUCCAAUUAGAAAUGCUGCAGAUGCAUAAACUCUACAAAAUCCAAACAAUAAAGAAAGCUGCUGCAAAUGAGAAAUGCUCGCCAUGCUACCCAGGGCGCCAGACAUUCAUUAGAACUUGAACGUGAUGCCCAUGAGAACGUUGGUGUCACGAAAAGACAAAUGUCCCUCAGGUCUGACACUCCUUGGAGCUUGACUAACUUUCUGGUGGCCUGGCUAGCUUCUUGGUUGAGUCGAGACUUCCCAAAGUGCUCGCAGCUCAGCCUGGAGGUUCAGGCCAGCUUCGACGGAGAGCAGCUGACCACGGACCCGGUGGACCACCUGGACCAGCCUCAGUUCAGCACGGAGCUGGCGUGGGAGCUAGACCGCAAGAUGCUGCACCAACACAGACUGCAGAGAACUCCCAUCAAGCUCCAUUGCUUUGCCGUGGACUCCAGCAAAGGCAGCAGGGAAAGUGUCGGCUACAUCGUCCUGGACCUCAGAUCUGUCCAGGAAGUCCCUCAGGAGCCUCGCUGGUACCCCCUGCUGAGCAGUAAGUACACCAAGAAGAAGCCCUCGCUGCUCCUCAGCAUGGUGCUGGAGAACGACGGGGGGUCCUCCCCGCUGACGUCCCCCAAGCCCAAGAAGGACCCGCCCAGACAAGAGCCCCCAGCAGCCCACCAUGGAGACCACCCACCAGCCGCCCGGCAGCUGAUGGACAAACUGGAGGUGGUUCUGGUACCGGAGAAGGGCUACCACCAGGUGGGAGCGGCUGACGCGGCGGCUGACAUGUUCGUGCUGUCCGUCACCGUGGCGUUCGCCUCCAAGCUGGAACAGCUCAUCCCCAGCACGAUGAAGCUGUCGGCAGAGGGCUCCAGCUUCUUCUUCUUCUACACCUUACUGGGCAACGACAUCACCAGCGAGCCUUUCCAGAACCUUCUCGCCCCCGACUUCCAGCCCGAGCGCGCCUCCGUGCGCAUCCGCAGCAGCGAGCGUGUCCUGCGCCGCUUCCUGUCCCAGCAGCCAUCUCUACAGAUCCACCUGUGCUGCGGGACGCACUCGCUCGGGAGCGCCGACGUCCCCCUGGCCACACUGGCCGCUCUCGCCACGGAUCUGGCGAGGAGGGCGGCGACGGUGGAGGGCGUGUUCGCUCUGCACCCCCCCGCCCUCAUCAGACACACGCUGCCGCCUCAGCCCACCGACCUGCGGCCCAACGUCAGCGUGGCCGUGACCCUUCGCCAGGAGGACGUCCCGCCGGCGCUGCAGCCAUUGGCCAAUGAAGACGCAAGUAAGACAAUCCCCGCCCCUCCUCUGCCCGGUCUGGUCAUGGCCCCUCCCGCCGAGGAACAAGUCGCCACUUCAACUCCCGUCCGAAACGCUCCCGGUGCGUCGCCGUCUCCUCCCCCCGCCCAUCCUUCCUCAUGCGUGGACAAGGAGGCGGAGCAUCGGCAGGAAGCUAAAGACACGACAGCUCGUCCAGCAGACAACAUGGCCACCCCUGCCCCCAGUCAACCAGAAACGGAGGGUGGGGCUCCCAAAGUGUCCAUCCCCCCUUCAGCGCAUCACUACUGCUUCUCCUUGGACCUGUGCAGCCUCAGCGACCUCGGCCUCUCACACCCCAUCGCAGCGACACUCAGGUACUUGUACCCGUUUUUCGGCAGCACGUCGCCCGUCAUGACGAGCCACCCGGUGGAGCUGCACAGGAACACGAAGGUGUCGCUGCCGCACUCCUACUGUAGCUUCAACUUCGCCACCGUGCCGCAGCAGCUCCACAACACCUUCCUCAGGGUGGCACUGGUGUUGGAGCUCUGGCACAAGGACGCCAGCAGCAGGGACCACCUGAUUGGACGAGCCUCGCUCCAGCUGUCUAGCCUGCUCGCCGCAGAGAGGACCCGACACCUGGCGGACACGGGAGAGACAGGCUGGCGCCAAACCCACCAGGACCGUGUCCCCUUCUUCAGUACUCAGAGCCAGAAAGUGGCAGAGUUGAACUACGUGGCGACGCUGGAUGACUUUGGACUGGUCAACGUCCAACACAUUCCCGUGUCCCAGUCCACCAAGAGUGAACCUGCAGUUCCUCUACAAACAUCCACGCCCCCUGUGGCAGCCCCGCCCUUGCUUCCCCCGGGCCCACGCGACACCCUGGAGUACCACAAGGCCCUCGAGCUGGAGCUGUGGAAGGAGAAGCAGGAGGACGACUUCAAUGAUCAGCUGAGGAGGAAGGAGAGGAUUCACAUGCAAGCGCUGGCGGAGGAGUGGAUGCGACGUGAGCGUGAGAGGGAAGCUUUGGUCAACAGGAAGGUCAGCUGCUGCUACCAAUCAUCGUGUACUGCAGUACUUCCAGUACUAGAAUACCAAGAGAUGGAGUGCAGUCGCUUGGAGGAGCAGCUUCAGACGACCUUGGCUGAUCUGGAGAAGAAGGACAAACAUCUGACCGAGGCCACGCUCAAGAGGCUGCAGCGUGACCUGCUGGCCGAGCACAACCUCAACCAGAAGGAGCUUCAGGAGAAGAGCAGGAGGUUGCAGCUGGAGUGCGACCACCGGGUGGCGCUGGAGAGAGACAAAGUCCGCCUGAUGGAGGAGGAGCACACGCGCCUGCUCAAGCAGUUGUCAGACGCAGAGAGCCGCUACAAGCAAGUGGAGAAAGACUUCCACGUCUACAAGGAGCAGCAGAACGUCAGACCUGAAGUACGUCUGCAGUCUGAGAUCAACAUCCUCACCCUGGAGAAGGUGGAGCUGGAGAGGAAGUUGGAGUCCACCACCAAGUCCAAACUCCACUACAAGCAACAGUGGGGCCGCGCCCUCAAGGAGCUGGCACGCUUCAAACAACGAGAGCAGGAAAACGCCAUGACGCGUCUGAAGAAGCAGCAGGCGGAGCUGGACGCCAUGAGGCUGCGUUACCUAGCAACAGAGGAGAAAGAGGCGGUCCGACAGGACAGACAGGAACUGGGGGACAUCAGGAACCAAGUCAACAGGUUCAAGCAGCAGCAGCAGCAGCAGGGCGACGGACCUGUGGAACCCGCCCCCAUCCUGAGCGACAGCGCCGACGAGCACCUGUCCCGCCUGUUAGAGGAGCGGGACACGCUGCUGAGGACGGGCGUCUACACCCACGAGGACCGCAUCAUCUCCGAGCUCAACAGGCAGAUCCAGGACGCCAUGGCGGGCAGAACCACGGCCAAUCCGCCGUGACCUGGACCAGGAAGCACUGAGCAGGACUGAAACAUGAUGGCUAGCUAGCGCCUCUGCUAAUUAUGUUAGCUAGUUUAGGAGGCGAGCGCUAGCUGCGCGAUGCUAAGCUAAUGUAACACCAAAUGAUACUUAUCAAAUGUUUGUGUGGUUUUAGAUCAUAUUUCCGUAAAUGUAGACUCUUACGUUGUUGGUAUGCGUCUCCCUGUCACAUGACUACCAACGUGUAGAAAGCAGUGUCAUACAAGAGUCGGCCGCCAGGCGGUGCUGCAGCCUCACGUGAGCCUGUGCGCGUGGUGGUAGUGGUUUUGUAAAAAAAAAAAUAUUUUCAUUGAGUCGACUAGUCUUUAUUUUCAACGAGGACCUGACUUUAUUCUUCCACUCAUGCAAACGUGAGCAUCAACACUUGUUUGCUUAUCAGCUGGCCACGUGUCUUGCUGACGCGGGUAAGUCCGUAAAGGAACACGACGUGUGGAUGACACCAACAGUUCACGAUGACUUUUAACGUAAGUGUUGCUUUUUAGCGUCGUUAAAGCUUUUGGUUUCUUCUUUUCAAAAUUGUCAGGCACAAAAUGUCAACUUUGGCGUGUGAAGUGUGCUUUUUGUGGUGGAAGUGAAGCCAAAACGUUAAAUAACUUUCGUCAAAGUGCUUGAACAACAUAAAUAUUCGCUUGCUCAAUCAAGCUCCGCCCCCCGAAGAGCGUGUUUGCUUUGGUCUCCGCCUCCUUUGGCUUUUUUUGGUAUUGUUGAAAGUUUUCUUUGGUGGUUCAGGCUGCAAGUGGAACAAUCUUUGGUUUGUUGAGAGGAGGCUCCACUGAUGAAAGCUGCGUGGCCUCCACGCCACACGAUGGCGCUGCUAGUUGGUUGAUCGCACACUUUGGCAGAACGUCGGUCCGUUGAGCACUCGGCCAAAGAACGGCGGAUAGAAAAGCCAAGAACCACGAUGGCGGUGAGAAGAAAGGAAGAGGAAGCUCGUGUUUGUCAUACGGCCGCCACCUUUGGCCUCACCGCUUGACGCGUACAGGAGACUCGUCGUUGUCGAGUCGUUUCUGGCCUCUUCUAGUCCACCUCGAUGGACUCGCCGCCUUCACUCGCUGGUUUGCACUCGUUAGGAAGGCGCUGAUGGCGACUCAGCUGCGUCGCCUGCGUGAAGCUGCGAUCACAACGCUCACACCUGCACGCGCACACACACACACGCACACACACACGCACACACACACACAGCUGUCAAACUCUAACACUACAUGAACGAUCUAUCAGGAUUCUUAGUAUCACUACACUGCUCACGUAGUACUACUUCAUGUCACCAUGUAGUACUACCUUUGUUCUUUACUCACGUAGUACUACUUCGUAAUGCCUAGUAGUAUUUGUGUAAUGAUGUAGUAUUAGUUGAUGUGAUGAAGUACUGUAGUAGUAGUAGAGUACAUAGGUGGUGUAUGAAGUGUGCGUGUGUUUAGCGCUAUGCUAAGCAUAGCAAGGCGGGAAAAGGAGGUGUAAGUGACAGCGGUGGGAAGGUGAGGGGUCAGAGGUCAUGUGAUGACAAAGCUCAUGAGUGAGAUCAAUGAGUGAUUGACAGGUGUGUGUGUGUAGUCACGGUUACGUACUUGAAGGGUUUUUCUCCCGUGUGUGUGCGGAUGUGGUUGUUUAGCGUGGUGGCGCCGGCGAAGGCGCGGCCGCAGUAGCCGCACUUAAAGGGGCGGUCGCUGGAAUGCGUCACCACGUGGUUCCUCAACUCUGACGGCUGCGAGAAGGACAGCGAACAAUGUCCACACUGGUACGGCCUGCACACACGCGCACACACAAUGAAGCCACACAUAGAUUGCAGUCCUGUGGGAAACAAGGCAGCUGAUUGGAGGAGAGAUGUCCUCGUGUACAGUAAAUCAUAAUCAUAAAAGUGGAAUAUCCUCACUUGCAGUUUUACACACAAAAAGAUGUUGA